AAAAUCUGGAAUAUGUAAUUUAUAUCAUUGGAAUUUCCACAUUUUUGUUAUGCUAUUACUUGUGGAAGAAACCUAAAAACUUCCCUCCAGGUCCUCGCGGUCUGCCUUUAGUAGGAUAUAUUCCAUUCUUGAAAACCAACGCUGCGGAAUCCUUGCUGCAAUUGAAAGAAAAAUAUGGAUCGGUAAUGUCUGUGCAAAUUGGACGUGAAUAUUGGGUCAUUUUAAACGAUUACGACGCCAUUAUUGAGGCACUGGUGAAACAAGGAGAAAAGUUUUCUGGACGACCUGGAAAUUUUGUAUUCGAACUGAUUAAAAACAAUCAUGGAAUUAUUACGAUAGACUACGGACUUACUUGGAAAGCUUCACAUAAGUUUGGCUUGAGGACAUUACGAGGAUUUGGCGCAGGCAAGGAAGGAAUGGAAGAAAAUGUUGUUGAAGAAACUUAUUUCUUGAUUGAAAAUUUAACAAUGGCAAAUGAUUAUAGUAUACAAAUGAAACUUACUUUUACAACGUUAAAUAUUAUAUCUCGAUUAGUGCUGGGCUCGAGAUUUGAAUACGACGAUAAAAAAUUGCUUCAUAUGAUCGAAAUUAUUCAGAAAUUUAACGAAGAUUCAAAUCAUGCUCAUUUGUUGGCGGUAUUAACAUUGGAACCAAUAUUGAGAUUUUUUCCUCCGUUCAGAAAUGUUGUGAAAAUCACCUCCGACGAUACAGAGAGAUUUCGUGAAUAUUUACGCGGAUUUGUGGAAGAACACGAAUCAAACUUUGAUGAACAUAACAUCCGGGACUUCGUUGACGCAUUUCUUCUUAAAAUAAAAAAGAGUCCAGAAGAUGAUCCAGCUUUUAAUGUUAGUUGUUUCUUAGCAUUAUAUCAUAUUUUUAGGGGAGUCAAUUUUAGGUUUUGAGAACAGAAAAUAAACAAAAGUAAUAGCCGUCAAGCGACAAUAGCAAUUUAUGAGGCACUAAAAAUUUCAAUUUUCCCAAUAAUUGAAUAGAAAAACGAUUUUUUUACCACAACAACAAACACAGAGCAUAAAUUUAGCAAAAUGAUUUCAUUUUGUUUCUGAAAAGCAAAGACGAUCUUACUAACUAUUGAAU